AUGGACGACUUCUAUGGAGACGGUUGCAGACUGGCUGCCCGAGAAAACUGCACAAAGAAUCGAGGCGAACCCCAGUUGUGGUUCAUGCACAAGGCAGACUUUCGAGAAGGCCAGCACGCACCUCGAAUAAGACCUGAGGCCAAAGAAAUCGUCGAGAAAAACUCUGUGCACGUAUCGACUGCCUGUCUGGCGGGCUUUGCUGAUCGCAAUGGAGACUCGAAUAAAGUGCAGGACGAAGUGGCCUCUGCGUCACACCAACGACUACGCACUGCUGAGGCGAACACAAUAGCCAGUAAAAUAAGGAAUCCCCAGGAAGAAUGGUUCGACUUCGAGGGGAAUCAGAAGCUACAACUGAAACCAAAACCUCCGCGUGUAGGAGCUAGCAAAAUUGCAGCGGAAUUUAUGCGACAGCAGAACAGGGGUUCGGACUGGUUCACACCUAUCAAUAAACCAAUCAGCAUUCGCGGCGUCCUGCGUAUGCGCUCGAAGUCGAGUACUGCGGCCGAUCUUCGUGCCUCCUCAGCCUCCAAUUGUCUCGCGCACCCCUCUCAGGCAGCCAGUACAUGUAUGGAGGGAGAAAACAAUCUUCCCAACGGCGCCCUCAGAAAGAACAUGCGUCGUGUUCGCGAAGAGGGACUAGAAUACGCUGAACGGAAUCGCAACAAUAACCUUGUAAGUGCUAGAACCUCUCCCCAGGACGAUGCCAGUGAUGAUGGUAGUCCGGACUAUGCCCCCACUGCUGCUUACGGUGGUGCAGUGAAAAGCGUUCCAAAGGUACACGGAGAGGAAGCGAGGGAAUGGCGCAAUCGCGGUAUCGGUGGAAGUAUGGGACAGGGGAUUUUCGCUGGAACGGCUAAAAUUCCUAGACCGGCUACUGCCCUGAGGGUACGACCAGAAGCAAUGGAAAUCCGUGAAAGAAUGGUUAGUGGUAAUCAACUAGCCAGACGCAUUACACAGCAAGACGGGGACAUUCCUCUCUCCCCGUUCCGUCGAUCGAAGAUGAUUUCGAACGAAGCGGAGGCAGCCUUCCUGCGAGAUCGCGUUGGCAGAAUGAACGAAUUAAUAGGAAAAAAUGCUAAAUCAACUACUUUUCCUUAUCCCUCAAAAGUACAAGCCCGUGUCGUAAACUCCGACGCUGCUCGUGGGAUCCAAGCCCGAUCUACCGGGGCUGCUGCACAGGAACUCCUAACUCACACUGACCUCUGUGAGGCGAGACCUGUCGACAGAAAUACCAGCGCAGACGCGCGGCUGACAGCGGAGCGGAAUCGAAUCGGCUCUGUUGGUGCCCUGUUGGGCUACCACGACAAGAGUGUCAACAAGCCGCAACCCUCUCCCCAAAUCCCACCCAAUACCCUUCGGCUAACUAAUACAGAGGCUAGAACAAUUGCAGAACAGCAGAGAGGCGGUGAAACAAUGCGAGGACUGAUGAUGCCAGGCUAG